GAAGUGAGGCAAGGAUGAAAGUGGCGAACAGUCGUUUAAUGCAUUAUUGGAUCUUCAUAUUUAUUAAUUGAAUUAUUAAUCGAAGUAAGAAAAAUCUCGGACAUCUGACGACGAUUGACGGAGGAGUGAUAAAGAUACAGUGUAUGACUCGGUACUUUGAUCAUCUCCCGUCUAGUUAGCGCUCGAAUCCAGCGUCUAUUGUUGCGUGCUCCACGAUCUUUCAAUUCAUCUUCUUUCGAGGGGUGUUGCUGUAGUUUUUUUCCACUAAUGGUGAUCAGCAAGAUUAAAGCAGCAACAUGUUGUAAUAGAAUGGCAAUUAGAUCAGGCCAGCCAGAGGCAUUAUUCGUCAUUUCGUCCACAACGUGUCAUCGUAAAUGGUGAUUAAUCCGUUAAGUUGAGGGAGUGCUGCUUAAACCUGCAGGAGCGCGCUAUUGCGCAAAUCCUGGUAAUAUCAUAGACGAUCGGUUAACCAGCUGACUAAACUCUCCCUUUUAUCACCUUGCGAAAAUCUUGAAUUCCUCGCAAAUUCCUCGAAAUUCGCGGCCGUGUACGAUGAGAUACGAGAGGGUCGAGCGCCCGCAAUUGUUCACCGACUGCAACGAAGGACUCGCUAAUGUGUUGUGAAUGUAUAGUCAUUGAGGGGAUUGAUAGAUUGGUCCAGAGUUUGAGACAAGGAUAAAAGUUAAGUCAGUCAAUGGUAUUAUUGGUAGUUCAUGGGCAGUAGUCAUGAGUAGCAUUUCAGUUAAAGAACUUUGAUCAAGGUAUAGAGCAUGGAAUUGCAUUUUGAUAUAUAAACAAUGUCUUCGAUAAACAGUGUUGAGUCAUUAGGAACCCUUCAAUGGGAUAUGAUAGAGUUAGCUGGACACUUGCGUCAAGAGCGACUGUUUGUUAAUUCCGAGCAACAGAAUUUACAAACCUUAAAUGAAAAAGUAUUAUGUUUAUCGGCAAAUUUAGCUCAGCAAGCAUGGAUAACAGCCCAACAAAGAGUAAAUUUAAAUCGAUUGAUCGUAUCCAGACCCGAUUGUACACCAGCGUCCUGCUGCCAAAGAGCAAAUAUUUUAGAAAACUCUCGCUUCAUCGAUGCAUUUAAGCAACUACAUCACCAACCAUGCAUCGCGUACGGAGAAUUUCUUUCAUCGUUGCGCACAUCGGUUAAGCUUCUCGCUUCCUGUUUAGUCGAAGGGGACAAAAUUGUGCCAGAGAUGAUGCAAGGCAUCAUUCAGUCUCUCGCCAGUGGACUUUACGGUAGCUGCUUAUUGCCAGAAGACAAAAUCUUGGUAUUAAAACUAUUGAGACAUCUAAUGCUUCUGCAAAUUGUCCCAUCCGACAAUCCAAGAAGACUACUACGACACGGAACUUGUGCAUUUUCAAGAUUUUAUUCCGUUUUUCACGAAAGCCUCUUUUCCGCCAAGUUAUUUUUAACCGCUGCUUUGAACGGACCAAUUAUGCAACUCUUAAUGGAAGACGAAAUGUUUCUUGAUAUCGAUCCGGAUAAAGCAACGGUACGAUUUCACCCCAAUGAAAAGUUGAAAAAAUUUGGCAAGGAAGGCACCGUUGAGUAUCAAACGAAAUUACAACGCUAUAGACACUGGACGGUCAACUCCUUGGUGCGCAUAACUCAAAGAUUUAUUGUCAGUAUAAAGGAGAACAUGCACUGCUUCCCGACGUGCGUGUACUGGUUAGUACGGCAGAUGGCUGGCUUAUUAAAUAAAACGGGCAAUGUCGAUCCGAAGGAGAUCCACGCAAUGUGUACCGACCUUGUAUUUACGUACUUUAUCUGCCCUGCGAUCGUCAAUCCCGAGCCUUACGGCAUCACCGACGCACCCAUAAGCUACGUCGCACGAUUCAAUCUCAUGCAAGUCGGACAGAUACUGCAAAUGCUCUCGCUCAUUAAGUAUCAGAGUAUCGACUCCAAGGUAAUGGAUCUUUAUCGGAGAUUCGAGAAGGACUCGGUGUCGUCGAUAUUGGACGCGAUGCUGGACGGGGCGAUGGAGGAAUUAGAGGAGGAGCCGAGCAUCAUCGACGCUAAUAAAUUGCAGGGGCUGGCAAGAUCCGCUGCCUUGUUUACGGAAAGCGAGUUGAACAAUUUGGUCGCGUUCUUGCAGUCGAUUAACGAUGCCGCGACGGCUAAUCGAGACGACGCAGACAGCGUAUUCGUCCCUCCUGUGGCCAAUGGCUUUGAUUAUAAGCAACUUAACGACAUGCUGUCGCAACUGCCUUCGUCCGUUGUCAGUGCCACCAAGACAACCAAUAAUACGUCCCCGGAUUCGCCCAAUAAGAAAAGUAGCAUUUUAGGCAAAGCAGUAGGUAGAAGUCGAGGAUCGCGCGUUACCGGCAACAAUGCAUUAUCAGACAUCGGAGAUGAUACGAAUAGUGCAUCAGGUCCAGAGGACGAUUCCUCCGAUAAAACUCCAUUGGGAGUUUUGAUAAUACCUUUCGGACUGACUGUGGGAGAAUCCGUAGGGCUUUUGAGCGAGCAAAAGGUUUUGUGUAUGCAAAGAAACAUGGAUUCGGAAGCAAUGACAAUAAAUCUGUCGGAGGAGCUUACCAAUGGACAUAAUUGUAAUCGAGAAACAAACGGCGACAGAAUCGAAACUCAAGAGAAACGUACUCGCUUCUCAUUAUCUCACGAUGAAGUUCUAUUCGAAGGUUCUAUCGGCAAUACUUCGGAUAAUUUGGAGGCCGUAUCCGAAGCAGCCUCGAAUCACAGCGUCGCCUCAUCCUUGGAACUCGAAACCGAGGAUCAAAACGAUAAUUUAUCAGACAUGAUAUCCGCCAAUGUGUCGGGAAGAGGGACGCCCAAUAUUUCUGGUCGGGACACGCCGUCGUCUCAGAUUACCGAGGGUGACGAUGGUCGAGGUACGGGUGAUAAUCGUCGACUCGACCUGGCCCCGCCAACUAUAUCCACCAAACAAAGCCGAUCGGAGAUUGACGAUAAAUUUUGCAAGUUUGAGAUUAAGAAAUUGAUGGAGGGAGACGAAACAAUUUCCUUGAUUUCCGACACAUGGUCGACCGAUGUCCUGGCGUCCGACAGCGAAUUAGUGGAGCAGCAGGAUCGCUUUCAUUUCCUGCCACCAACGGAGCAACCACCGCCACCUCCACUCACUUCGGAACCCAUAACGGUGAAUCUCGAUAUAAGCGAAACGGCCUCCGAGGCUUGGAGUACCGAUGUAUUAGCAAGCGACUCGGAGCGGAUGACGGAAAUCGAUACCGAUGAUACCGCUAGUGUCGCAAGAUCGGACGAUACAGCGAGAUCGGAGAUCGAAAGUCGCGGCGAGCCAGAAGGCGGAGAAGAUACACCACCACCGGUAAAUCAAUGUAAGAGUCUCCUCGUAUCGAACCUCAAUGUUAUCCGUACUGUUAUUAUGAUGGAGAACGCCGGCACGUUCUUCCGACCCAUCCGUGACGACGCGCACUCGACAAUAAGGAUGCCGUCGUCGCCGCCGACGCCUCUCUCGCCCUCGUCCUCGAACGCCCCUGUCCGGGCGAGCAUCAAAGUCGAGCCCAGAACCAACAACGUCGCCUACAUCGACAACAACGCCAACAGUAUUAACGGCGCGUUAUACGGCAAGUCGAACGCCGAGGACAGGCUCGCUCACCUCAUCGACAAGCUUCAGAUCGACGGACCAAAGGUCGCCGGUGAGACGGCCCAGGAGUCCACCGCGGGCAAUCACAUUGGGGCAGCAGCCGUAGCACCCGCUCUCCUCCUCGCCAAUCACCUCAAUGCCCCGACGAUGGCUCUGAAUCGGAAGCUACCCAACGGCGAUGCCAAAACGGGUCACGGCGAGCUUAUGUCGGCCAAUGGCGACGUCGUGGUGAGACUGAGCACGGCGAGCCUCACCUCGAGUAGCAGCUCCGGAUCGGACUCGCGGCUCCCAAAGGUCAGCGGACAGCUGGGCGAGGGCCCGAGUCAGGGGUCUGUUAAUGCUAUGGUGUUGGCGUCGGCCUCGACAGCGGCGAGCAGUGUCGGCGCAGGUGGCAGCAGCUGCAGCAGCAGCAACGACGUGACCGAUGGCGCGCGAGAGCCAAACUGCGCGAAGACAUCGAACGCGACGGGCGCCAUACCCAAGAGCAUCAGCUUCGACAUGACGGCCGAGCGCGGCGACAAGGAGCUGCUCGACGACGAGCAGAAGGCCAAGCGCGGCUUCUUCGGCAAGCUGAAGAUGUCGCUGAGGAACCGAAGGGGCAAAUCCCUAAGGGGCCCGGACGAGCUCAGCAGGUGCUACGAGCGCGGACUCUCCGAGUCGGGUAACGACGGCGGUCUGGUGAGCGGCGACGCCAGGCACAGGCUACGCAGGAUCAUGUCCGACGACGCCACGUCCACCUGCAGUGUAAAUAGCGAUACAACGGACGAUAUAUUAGCAAAGUAUAGGAGAAAGCCGAGUGCCAAUAGCGACACGGCGUCGGUCGAGAGUACGCAAUCGAGGACGAAGGAGGUGGAAGACGAGAGGCUUUUCAUCGAUCCCAACAACGUCGAAUUGUCGUUCGCCUUCGCCGACGCCAAACGAAAGCUGAGAAUGGUUCUCAGCACCGCGGACCUGCAGCACGUCCCGUGGACCAACGUCUCAGAAAUAAUAUAUUUGAAACAGAGACACUCGUGGAUACAAAAGGAGAACGAAUUGGUUGCUUUCCUCCAGCUUCAAUUGGCCGAAGCCAUAAAUUUGCAGGAUCGAGCGUUGAUCGCUCAUCUACACGAGACUCUACGAUGCGUAAGAUUAUUCAACGAGGAUGGUUGUAGGAAAUUGUUCAAGUCUCUUGGUGACGAUUAUCAAAAGCGAUCGCCUUACAUUGCUUAUUUAAUUAGAUGCCGGCAGGGUUUGUUAUCGACGAUGGCGCAUUUAGAUCGAUUGGGAGAACGUGUAAAGUGUGAUCGCGAUGCUGUAAAUAGUCACUUAGUGUCGGUGUGCGUAAGAGUAUUCUUAGAAAAGCGGGACUUGCACCUUCAGAGGUUCUGCGAGGAAUUCAAGAAGUUGACGGUGGCCGACGAGAAGCAAGAUCUAGUGGACAGCUUCUUAAACAGAUUGCACACCGAAAUGGAAAACGAUCCGAUAUGGCAAGCCGCCAGCUGCAGUCAACUGGAGCUCGCGAGAACGGUGGUGGAGCGGACGCUCAUGGCCACUGUUUAUCAGAAUGCCCUCUACCCGAAUGGGGAUGGGGACGUGCACCGCGACCACGUCUUUCACGAUCACAUCAAGAAGAUCGCCAAACUCGUGACGCCGAACCACAAGGACCUGCGCAUUCCCAAGAUCUACCAUUAUGAGUGCCCCUGGCCCUGGGCCCAGGCCGAGCUCGCCGUCAUAUCGGCUUACAAAACGCCCUGCGAUAAGAUGCAAUGCGUCUUCCGCGAUACCAUCAUGAAGUGGUGGUCGAUGCCUGCGGAGCGCGGGAUGCCUGCGGCGGACGAUCUCAUUCCAGUCCUCGUCUAUGUUAUUAUAAAGACAAAUCCACCGUCAUUACUUUCAACGAUACAGUACGUCAAUAGCUUUUUUGGAAAUCGAAUGGAAGGCGAAGAACAAUAUUGGUGGACACAGUUUUGCUCGGCUGUAGAAUUCAUAAAAACCAUGGAUUAAUAUUUUUUAAUAUAAUUGCAGUUACAAUUAAAAUGAAUAUUAUUAAUAAUAGUUAUUCGUAUUAUGUAAAGAGAUCUAAAUAUUAGUGUUUUGAGCAGAACGAACGAGUACGUUUUUUUUCUCUUUUUUUU